UAUGCUGUGCAGCCGUGGCCUUUUCACACGACGUGCGGCCUAGCUGGAGUAAAGGAGACGGGAAUAUCUCGGGUGUGAGGCGCCCGGUUUCCCCCAGAGGACAGCGUCGUGGAUAGAGGCUGAAUUCCGGGAACUGUCUCGGUCUUCAGAAUGACACAGUUCUUGCCUCCAAACUUGUUGGCACUCUUUGCCCCUAGAGACCCAGUACCAUACCUUCCUCCUUUAGAUAAACUGCCACAUGAAAAACAUCACAAUCAACCAUACUGUGGGAUUGCUCCAUAUAUUCGAGAAUUUGAGGACCCUCGAGAUGCUCCUCCUCCAACUAGAGCAGAGACCCGCGAGGAGCGUAUGGAAAGGAAGCGAAGAGAGAAGAUUGAAAGAAGACAGCAAGACGUUGAGAAUGAACUCAAAAUAUGGGAUCCACACAAUGAUCAGAAUGCUCAAGGAGAUGCCUUCAAGACCCUCUUCAUUGCCAGAGUGAAUUAUGAUACAACAGAGUCCAAGCUAAGACGCGAGUUUGAGGUGUAUGGACCUAUUAAACGGAUUCAUAUAGUAUUCAAUAAGCAAUCUGGGAAACCCCGUGGAUAUGCCUUCAUUGAGUAUGAACAUGAAAGAGAUAUGCACUCGGCAUACAAGCAUGCAGAUGGGAAGAAAAUAGACGGACGGCGUGUGUUGGUCGAUGUCGAGAGAGGACGCACUGUGAAAGGAUGGCAGCCACGCAGGCUUGGUGGUGGUCUUGGAGGCACAAGAAGGGGUGGAGCUGAUGUCAAUAUCAGGCACUCUGGCAGAGAUGAUACAUCUAGAUAUGAUGAGAGGGAUCGUGAUAGAGAGCGGGAACGGGACCGUCGUGAAAGGAGCCGUGAGAGGGAUAAGGAGCCGCGAGAGAGACGCAGAAGUCGUUCUAGGGAGCGUAGAAGAAGAACACGCAGUCGAGAAAAGGAAGAAAGAAAGCGUAGCCGUGAAAGGAGCAAGGACAAGGACAAAGACAAAGAAAAAGAUAAGGACAAGGACCGAGAUCGCAAGCGGCGGAGCCGUAGUAGAGAACGCAAACGUGAGCGAGACCGCGACCGGGAAAAGAAAGAGGAACGUGUCGAAGUAGAAGUACCUGAGGCUGCAGAUGCACCUCAAGACGAAGCACAAAUAGGUGAUCUGGGCAUGGAUGGCAUAGAACUUAAGCAAGAGCCUGAAGAGAAAAGCAGAGAUCGUGACAGAGAGAGAGACAGAGAAAAAGACAGGGAUAAAGAUCGGGAUAGGGACAGAAGGCGCAGUCAUAGGGACAGGGAUAGAGAGAAGGAUCGGGACAGAGACAGGGACAGGAGGCGAGAUAGGGACCGUGAUCGAGAGAGGGACAGGGAUCACAAACGAGAGAGAGAUAGAGGUGAGCGCAGUGAAAAGAGAGAGGAGAGAGUUCCAGAUAAUGGUAUGGUUAUGGAACAAGCAGAGGAGACCAGCCAAGACAUGUACUUAGACCAAGAAUCAAUGCAGUCUGGAGAUGGUUACUUGUCUACAGAGAACGGCUAUAUGAUGGAGCCUCCUAUGGAGUGAUCUUGUUUAAAAUGAGGGAUUCCCCUUCCUCAAAUGAACUUCUCUUCCACAGCCUGAUCUGUAUGCAUUCAGACGCUCCCCUCCAAAUAACGUAUGGACUUAUUCAUUCAUUCAUACCGUUAUAUAUUUUUUUCAUUUUAAAUCACACGGAGUAACCAUACUGUUUAACACAGUUGAAACGACAAUUGUUUUGUUUUUUUUAAAUUUUUUGUAGGUGGGUAUGUUUUACAAUACAAGUAUGUAGCCAUCAUCCUUGAACCUGAGUAAAGUUGCAAACAUUGCCUUUUGUUUUUUUUGUUUUUUCUUUAAAUGGCCUCAUGAGAAUAAAAACAUUUUUAUUGUUAAAACGAA